UCUGAUAUUUCUGGUACACAGUACAAUGUGAGUGCUACACGAGUUACGACGUCAUAUUUGGAGAUAAUAUUACUUGUUAUCAGUAUCCUAUCAAUAAUCAGAUGGAUACAUUUUCUUAAAAAAUUAUGCAGCCUGUGUGACAUCGCAAAUCCCCAGUAUUAUUUAGACGUCAUAAUGGUUGUAUUCAGCUGUAGUUUUAGUAAUUUUUUGGCCCUUAUUGCAACACUGACUGUUGUCGUGAUCGCAUACUUCAAAUGGAGCUUUCAGUACUGGAAACGCCGAAACCUACCUCACUUAAAACCUACAAUCCCCUGGGGGACAUCCACCAAUCCAUUUAACCCAGAUGUAUACGUCGGUUUACAGCUGAAGCGACAAUAUGACGAAAUGAAAGCCAGAGGUUGGAAACAUGGUGGACUUUUCUCCAUCAUAAGUCCUGCGUACCUAGUGACUGAUUUAAACUACCUCAAAAAUAUUAUGGCAAAAGAUUUUCAGUACUUUGUCGACCGUGGAUUCUACUACAACGAAAAAGACGAUCCUCUUAGUGCCCAUCUUUUUGCUAUCGGUGGCCAAAAGUGGCGGAAUUUAAGAACUAAAUUCACACCAACUUUUACUUCUGGAAAGAUGAAGAUGAUGUUCCAGACGCUAAUAGACUGCUUACCCAACCUUCGAGAAAAAAUGGAAACAGGUUGUGACUCUCAAGCACCUAUUGACAUUAAGGAAAUUCUAGGAUGUUUCACUACAGAUGUUAUUGGUACUUGUGCUUUCGGUUUAGACUGCAAUACAAUUAAAGAAGAGAACUCACCUUUUAGAGAAUAUGGUCGUAAAGCUCUGCUUAUGUCGCCAAUGCUAAUGUUAGGAAUAAUAUUUGGUAUGCUUUUUCCCAACGCGGCCAGACGGUUAGGAGUGAUAGCAGUACCCAGCGAUGUAUCAGCUUUCUUUAUGAAAGUAGUCAAAGAAACUGUUCAAUACAGAGAAACAAACAAAAUCACGCGUAACGACUUCAUGCAAAUAGUCAUAGAUUUAAAAAAUCAAGGCGAUCAUGUUUUAACGAUCGAAGAAGUCGCAGCUCAGUGUUUCGUUUUCUUUUUGGCUGGAUUUGAAACAUCUUCCACUGUUAUGACUUUCACGCUAUACGAAUUGGCACGAAAUCCUCACUUACAAGAAAAAGUGAGAAAUGAAAUUAACACCGUUUUGGAUAAACAUGAUGACAAAAUCACGUACGAAGCUAUCCAAGAGAUGAAAUAUAUGGACCAAGUGAUUAACGAAGCUUUAAGAAUGUAUCCUCCUCUUUCUUUUCUUACUAGAAAGUGCGUCAAAAACUAUAAAAUUCCUGAUGAAGAUGUUAUUAUCGAAAAAGGUGUCAAUGUUGUAAUACCAGUUCUCGCUAUACACUACGAUGAGGAGUACUACCCUGAGCCCGAGAAAUUUGAUCCUGAACGAUUUAGUGAAGAAAACAAAAAAUCGAGACAUCCGUAUGCUCAUAUUCCUUUUGGUGAAGGUCCUAGAGUUUGUAUAGGGCUGCGUUUUGGGUUGAUGCAAACAAAGGUUGGGUUAACGACGUUGUUAAAAGACUAUAGAUUCACGGUUAAUAAGAAAACUCCAGAACCAUUGAAAAUGAAAGUAAACUCGUUGGUAACAGCUGUUGACGGCGAAAUUUGGUUGAAUGCCGAGAAAAUAUAAAUCCAGUAAAAAGCUUAUAUCUCAGAGCGACCAAUAUAUUUAAAAAUGGAUUUGGGUCUCUACAGAAGCUUUUAUGACGUUCAGGCUGAAAAAUAAUGCCUAAGUUUUGCUACUGUAAUGCAUAUAUAGGAUAAAUAUUUUUAUAAAUUUUACCAUUUGUUUGUAUAUAUUUUAAAGUUUGUUCAAAUAUAUCUUAAUUUGCCCAGA